AUGGUGGUGGAUGCUUCGAAUGAUGACCGAAAGAAGGCUGCCCCGAAGAAGGCUACACAGUCGACUGGCGCGGCAAGCGGGCCAAAGCCACAGAUCUUCCCGCCGAUACCGAAUGCGUUCACGUACUGCGCCCGCUCGAUUUCCUACACGAAAAUUAUGAAUACUUCCGUACAGAUGCAAUUGAUCGAUCUGGUUUUGUCAUCCUGGAACCCGAUGGAGAUAGUCAAGGCCGAUUUGGAUCUCCGCAAACAAAAUGAAAAGUUGGCGGGUCAAGGCAAGCCGCGUUUGUCCAGCGUGGUGCGGGAUGAAGAAUUGUUGGUGUGUGCAUUACAGGGUUUGGCGUGUGCACCAGGGUUCGUUAAGGAGAAGGGAACGAAGAGAAAACCAGCUGAAAUGUCGGAGGGGGACAUCAAGCCGGUUAAGAAGAAGGCGCGGGUAGAAGCGGCACGUUUCGGCCCCGGCCAAGAAAAACAUGAAGAAGAUGAUGAUGAAGAAGAAGGCGCGGGUAGAAGCGGCGCGUGA